UGUGCGUGUGUGAAAUCUGUGACAAAGCCGUACGGUGUCUACGGAUUUUUGCAAUUUUGCGGUGAAAUGUACCAGUAAAUGGUACUAAAUAGAUUCUAAUAGUGCACUAAAGUUAGUAGUAACAAGUGAAGAAUGGAAACGGUUCGUGUUUUUAACCAGGAGCUUUCGGGGCUUUACGAAGCAAAGCCGCCGAUCUCCAAGGCAAAGAUGGCCUCGAUUACCAGGAGCGCCAUGAAGGCCAUCAAAUUCUACAAACACGUCGUACAGAGCGUAGAAAAGUUUAUCAGCAAGUGCAAAUCCGAAUACAAGAUUCCCGGUCUGUACGUUAUCGAUUCGAUUGUGCGGCAAUCGCGGCAUCAGUUCGGCCCGGAGAAGGAUGUCUUUGCGCCUCGGUUUGCCCGGAAUAUGGAGCAAACUUUUGCACACUUGUUUCGUUGCCCACCGGAGGAUAAGAGCAAAAUUAUACGGGUGCUGAAUUUGUGGCAAAAGAAUAUGGUCUUUGCGCCGGAAGUGAUUCAACCCCUGUUUGAUCUUGCCAAUCCGGAACAUCCGCUGCACCAGCAGUACAAUGCUUCGAUGGCUGCUGGUGGUGCGGCAGGUGGAAGUUCUAGUGGUGCUGCGGAUCAAUCCGGUGGAUCCAACGGUAUGAAUACAUCGGCCCUGUCGCACGAUUCUCCAGGACCGCUGGACGAUCAUGGCAGUUCUACGCAGCAAUCAGAUACGAAACCAUUGCAUCCCAACGUGCUCCGUCAGCUGCAGCAGAUCCAACAGCUGCUGAUGCGGCAAACCAGCGAUAGUUCCCUGGGCGGAAGCGGCAAGGAUCAGGUGAAGUUCAAUAAGAAGCUGCUGGACUUCGAUUAUGGAAGCGAUGACGAUGAGGACAAAAACUCGCCAUCCGUUCCGUCUACCACAUUACCGGAUGGGAACAAUCUUGCCCAGAUCCUGUCGGAUCCGAACGUACUCAAACAGCUGCAGAACCUGCAGAAGCUGAAGCAGCACGAGAUGGAGGAAAAGCAAAGCAAGCUGUCGGAGAUGCAGAUGAAGGAGGAAAAGUUCGAGAAACAUCUGGCCAGCGUUCUCAAGGUGCCUACUAUUGGUGGUGGUGCCCACGACGGCGGCUACCAUAAGCUACCCUUUGCCAACGAGUGCGAUCUGAGCCGGCAACCACCGAUGGAUAUGACUGCCGGUCUUCCGGCAUCAAAGGAAAGCGAUGGCAAUGAUUUCGACAUCGUGACCGAGGUUAUCAGUGACACACAUAGUUCGUCGCCUCGCAGCACUAUCGGGGAGCAGCAAUAUAAAUCUUCGACCAGCACUUCGCGUCGCCGUGGAAAGAGUCGUUCCCGAUCACCGAGAGAUUCCAGGCGAGACCGCGAUCGAGAUCGUGGAGGUCGCAGUCGCCGCAGCCGGUCCAGGUCUCGCAGCCGAAGCCGAUCCCAUUCGCGUGGCCGUGGACGGGGUGGAGAUCGUCGGUCUUCACGCGACAGAGAUCGUGAUCGGGGCAAGAGCCAAAAGGAGAAGGAACAGGAUAAGGAACGUGAGCGGGAACGCAAGAAGCGAGGACUGCCGGAAAUCAAGAAGGAACACCUUAGUGUGUGCAGCACCACCCUUUGGGUUGGACAUCUGUCUAAACUGGUCCAGCAGGAAGAACUAUCCGAUACUUUUGGCAAAUAUGGCGAUAUCGUCAGUAUUGAUUUGAUUUCGCCACGUGGUUGUGCGUUUAUCGUGAUGAACCGUCGACAGGAUGCGUACAAAAGCAUGCAAAGCCUCAAGAGUCAUAAACUGCACGGAAGGGCCAUUACCAUUUCGUGGGCCACUGCAAAAGGUGCCAAGAGCAAGGAGUGGAAAGACUAUUGGGACCUCGAUCUUGGGGUGAGCUACAUUCCGUGGAGUAAACUGAACGAACACACCGAUUUAGAAUCACUUGAAGAAGGUGGCAUGUUCGACGAAGACACCAUGCCUCAGUGGAUGAAGGAUAAAUUGGCAAACGGGAACCAGAAGAAGCAUUCGGAAGGUACCGGAAUAGUCAACCCACUGUACGGAGUAGACACAAGUCAGCCACCACCUACGGCUGCCUUGAUGGGAGCCAUGGGUAUGACGUUCCCUGUUGGAGGCGUCGUUCCAAGACUACCGAUGAUGGGACUGCCCAUCGUUCCGGGAAUGGGUAUAAAUGUACCACCCCCGAACCUCAUGAUGGCUGCUACAGCUGGCGGACUCACUAAUCCUCCACCACUACCGAUGGCUGGGUUCGGAGUACUUCCGCCACCCCCACCUUCGCACGUAGCUCCGAAAUCCGGUGGCGGUGAUGAUAUGGAUAUCGAUAUGGACGAUGACAACUCAAACCAAAGCCACGGGGCAGCACCAAUGCCACCCUCCAAUCCGGCGUUCUUUAAUCAACCCCCUCCGCCAUUGAUCCCACCGAAUGCUCCGGGAAUGGCACCAUUUGGACGCGAUCACCGUGAAGAUGGUGGCAGACGUGGAGGUGACAACCGUGGCGAUUUCGAACGUCGUGGAAGGGAUGACGGCGAUCGUGGCGGCAAUCGAAGAGAUCAGGAACGCGAUGGUGGAAGAGGUCGGAGGAAUUUCCGUGAUGGCCCCGAUGGCAAUGGCGAACGAGGUGAGCGUAGUAGUCGCUGGGGAAGCAAUGAUCGUAACCGUGGAGGAGGUAAUGAAGGUGGAGGUCGGGACAAUCGGCCUCUUUCAGAUCGUUUGCGUGAGUUAGCUGGAGCUGAUUUCAGCCAACGAGGAGGUAGUGGCGAAGAAGGAGCAGAUGGUCAACCAUUUGGUGGCGGAAGAAAUUUCAGAGGAGGUCGUAAUAUGAAUAAUGAAGGAGGCGACGAUUUCAACAAUCGUGGCGGAGAUGAUUUUGGUCGUCGUGGAAAUUUCCAGCAGGGCGGUAGGUUCAAUAACAAUCAACGUGGAGGAAGAUUCAAUAAUCGCGGUGGAUUCAUGCAGAAUCGCGGCGGACGCGGUGGACCGGAAGGCGAUAUGCAACAACCGGUGAACAUAAUGUCUCUCCUUAACAUGGGUGGUGGAAUGUUUGGCAAUAACGAACAAGGAGGUGGAGGAGGUGGUGAUGAAGGCGGGGACCAGCAGCAGUUCUUCGAUCGGGGAGACGGUGGUAAUUUCAACAACCGGCGUUGGAACGAUCGCAAUGAACGCGGUGGUAGAGGAGGACGUGGCAAUUGGCGAGAUAACAAUGACGGAAACGGCGGCGGAGACAACGAAGGUCGUAGAUUUGGUAGGAACGAUCGCCGUAACGAUCAGAGAAAUGAUCAACGAAACGAUCAAAGACCAGAUCAACGUAAUCAACGCCGAAGUUUUGGUGGCCAAGAUGAUCAGCCACAGGAACAACAGCAAGGCCGUCAUCAAAAUCCGGAUGAACCACAGCUCAAUAGUGGUGGACAAGGCGGUGGUGGUUCUCGGUGGGAUGACAAUGAUGAAAUUUGGGAUGACGUACCCGCUGCACCGCCUAAACGCAAACAAGAACAACCUCAACAGGAACAAUUAGACGGACGACAGGAAACAAGAAACGAAGAAAAGCGCGAAGAAAAACGUGAAGAGAAACGUGAAGAAAGGCGCGAGGAGAGACGCGAGGAAAGACGCGAAGAGAGACGCGAAGAAAGACGUGAAGAAAGACGUGAAGAAAGACAUGAAGAACGACGUGAAGAACGACAUGAAGAACGGCGCGAAGAUCGAGUAGAUGAACCUACACAGGAAGCCAAAUCAGAUGCCGGGAAAAAUAGCGGCAACAUUGAGACACAAGAUGCUGAUGCUUUCUCUCAGCAAGAGCAAAGUAACAAACAUUCGGAAGAUUUUCAACAAACGGAUUCUGAAGUCCCACAACAGACUACCCACGUUCCACAAGCCGAAGAAAACUUCGAACAACCUGAAAAAUAUGCUCGACCUGAAAGAAAUUUCGGCCAAUCUGAAGAUAUGUUUAUGGAAUCAGAGCCUGCACCCCAUCAAGAAAAUCGCGGAGAUAACAAAAAUUCCGGUGGCCAAGGUACGCCAUUAUUCGACGAAUCUGGAGGAGCAUCGGAACAACAUCGUGAACCCGAACCUGAACCGAUUCGGAAUAACAGUCCUCCAUCCCAGCAAUUCCGCGAACCGGAAGUAGUGCACAAACAACAUUCACCAGAGCCUAGCCGGGCACAACUAUACUCACCAUCUCCACCCCCACCGGUAAUUCAGCAAGAGCAGCAACAACCAGAAAUCGUCGCUCCGUCUGUUGCAGAGCCGACGUUCGAGGCUACCCCAGUAAACACGGAACCACCUGCCGGGGAAGAACCUGCAUCUGCAUCAGUUGAUGAAGCCUAAUUGCAGUUACGUCAUCCGUAUGUAAUCAUUUCGUUACGUCACUGAGCAUUAUCUACUUUUUUUUUUAAUCAAAACCACCAGUUUUCAUUCUCGAAUGAAUACCAACCAUUAUAUUUUUUUUCAACUAAGCUACAGGCAUGAAAAUAUCGAACAAUCAUAAUCAAAUAAGUAGGAUUCUUUGUUUUUAUUUAUAUACUACGUUUUUCAACACGAAGUCGGUUCUGUUGAUUGGUGGCUAUCUUUUUUUUUUGGAAAAGCUAAAACAAUGGCCCAGCGCAUGAAAAUUAUAAAAUUUAACAGAGAUUCCCAGGUUUUUUUUGAAGACUUUUAACAACAUCAUAAACUGAAUAAUAUAAAAGUCGUAGCAGAUUAGAGAUAACUAAUGAAAAAAGGAGAUCAACUAUUAGAAAAAAGGCUGUGAUAUUUACUUUAACAAGUGACUCAAUUCCGUAGAAGCAUUUCAUCAUUUGUUAGAUUUUGCGAACGUAAAGAGAAAAAAAAACAAUCUAGCAGAGAUUGGUUAAGUAAUCGAUUUUAUUUUUGUAUAAUGAAUCAAAUAAAUUUUAAGAUGAUAAUUCUGAAGCAAAAACAAAGUUUGUUUAAGCUAAGUAAUAAUCUAGAGAAAUAUGAAUCAUUUAGUUGCAAAGCAAAAUUCACGCUUAACCUUCGGUUGUCGGAUCUCGAUAAUAGAAGGUAGAUGUGAUAUGUGAAACUCAAACCAUCGGAGAGCAGCAGCACGUUCCGGAUCAGCAGUUCGUCGGAGAGGAGAAUCGACCAUAUGAGCGCUUGCACUCGAGUUGAGUGACUUGUGCAAGGUACUGUGAAACUUUUUUUUAGAUUUUGUUAUCUAUUAAUAUUAUUACAAUCAUGCAAAGCGAGAAAGCGCCGAAGAAAAUGAAACAUGCAAACAAAAUAUCGUACUAGAAAGGCAAAUGAUGAUUAUACGAUGAUGGAAAUGCACUACAUUAUUGAUGGUAUAGGCCCCAAAAUUUUCCCACUGCUUUUUAUCCUGACUUCAGGGAUAAAAUUAAAAAAAAAAACACGAGGCUUAUCACCAUUGCACUUGGAGAAGAAAUUUUGCAGCCUUUUUUCUCAACAUAUGAAUACAACAUUUAAAAUUUUGACUAUCUAGAUAACACCCAGCACAUACAUUUUCAAAUAUUCAACUACUUUGAAGCAAAAUGCAGAAUAUCAUGAACCAAAUAAAAAAAGCAUGAUUAUUCAGUAAACUAUAGAAUACAUUAAGUGAAAUAUUUGAUUCAAUAAAACAAUACUUACGUUAUCAUGGAGUGAUUGCUGAAUAGCAAGAA